AUGGCCAGUCCCGCUCAUGAUGUGCUGCCAGGACCGACCCGCCCCUUCUGGGGCUGCCCGUCCUGCGGCGCGUCCGCCAACUAUGCAUCGCGCAUUCGGUGCCGAUGCGGCCGCCCUGCCCCGCAGUCUGUCGCAGACAAGGCGCGCAAGGCGGCCAAGCAGAUGGAAGCCGGUGGGCCGUCUCAUGCUCCUGGGGCUGCAGGUGGUCGCCGCCGUGCUGGGAGUGCGUGGGCGGCAGGACCGCCAGGCAGUGUGGAUGGUGGCAUCGCCCGUGAGCUCGCCGAGCUCAAGCGCAAGUACGCCGCCCUCCAGAAGUCCCAGGCCGUGCCCACUCCCGUGCCUGCGCCUCCGCCCGAUCCGCUCGAUCUUGAGGUACAGCGCUGGGAAGGUAUCGUUACCCAGUUCGCCAAGUCUGGCUUGGGCGCUGACGUCCCCAGCCGUGUCAGUGCCGAGCAGUCUCUGGCCGCGGCGCGCAAGGCUCGGAAUGAUGCCAAGCCACAACUUGCACGCCACACCACCCUCGGGCACAAGCUGCAGGAUGCGAUCAAGCGCCAUCAGAAGCUCGAGUCCGACGUCAGUGCGCAGGUCAAGGUCGUCGAGGCCGCCGAGGAGCACCUCCGUGAGCUCAGGGCCAAGGUGCUGGCCGCCAAGGACCUGGUGGCUACCCUCCAGGAGGAGCUGCGCGAGUCUUGCCCUAAGGACCUGCGCCCUGAAGGGAGUGAUGCUACCUCCUUCGUGCUGCCCGACCUCCCGACCACCGUGCUGGAGGCCGACGCCGACCUCAAGGCCAUGGUGGAGUCGCCUGUCUUUGACAAGUUCAAGGAGGCUGUGCGUGCGGCUGCUGCCGCCCAGGCAGCCGCCGCUGGCCCAACCGUCGGGGAUGAGGGCACCGACUAUGGUGAAUCGGUUCCCGUCCCUGAGGAUGAUGAUGUGUACCUUGACGUCGACGAGGAAGGCAUCUCCCAGGUCAUCUCCACUACCAAGUUUGCUGGUGACAAACGGGAGCUCCAGGAGUUGUUCAAGUCCCUCGGCCUCGUCACCAAGAAGCAGCGGAAGAAGUUGCCGCCGACAUCGACGGCGACACAGUUCAUCGAGACUUUCAAUGGCUCUGGGUGGUCCACGCUACGUGAGCGGCUCACCACGACUACCAGUGUCAUCGUGUGCGCCCAGGAGCUUGGCUUGUCCGAGCUCACAGCGCCCCAGUCCCUGGCCGCGGUGCGCGCCCUGGGCUGGCGAUUCCUCAUCAGUGAGUCGUCCUUCAACCCCGCGACGCAGAGGUGCUCGGCUGGGGUUGGAGUUUUUGUUCGUGAUGGGUUUGGCUUGCGAUGGACUGACCCAGCGUGCAAGGCUAUUGUGCCACAUCGUGCCAUACAGGUUACCAUUGACCUCCCUGGUUUCUCGUUCAACAUCGUGUGUGCCUAUUUCCACGUCAAUGACGGCAUGCGUGAGAAGAAUCUGUCCAUGCUCAGCGCGAUCGGCGCCAAGAUCAUCCAGCCUCCGCUCACGGUCAUUGCGGCAGAUUGGAACAACUCACCUGCCGCCGUCGAGGCCACGGGCUUUGUGCAGAAGGUCAAGGCCGUCAUCAUGGCGCCUGCUGCAAUCACCUGCCGUACCAGUUCGUCUACGUCCACGAUUGAUUUCUUCGUUGUAGGGCAUGCUCUGUCUACGCUGGCUGCCAGCAUCUUUGUGGACAGCACGAGUUACUUGACGUUUGCGAUCUCCCCACCACCCGUGCGGGGUGGCGAGGAGCUCGCGUGCAGUCAGUCUGGGAGCCUAUCGUCCAUCGCCGACAGCGAGUGGUGGGAUACUGCUGAUGCGCUCGCGGAGGAGCUCGCCACGGAAUGUGAUGAAGUCCAGGCGGAGCACUCCAAAGCCAGAGACCGCUCCUGGAAGGAGUGGCACAUCUUGGCGCUCAGCGGCUCGGCCAGGCGCAUGCAUCGCCUGACCCGCAUCAAGAAGCUGUGGGAGCCCACGGCCGCCCAGGACCUCGUCACCGUUUAUAGGGAGGAGCUCCAGGUUGGCCUCGCCCACGACAAGGAGAUGCUCGAGGAGGUGCCCCAGGUGUGCUACCACGAGAGGAUCGUGGAGGUCCCCGAGAUCCUCAGGGAGGAGGUUAUCAGGCAGGUGCCGCGGGUCGAGUACACGGAGGCCAUGAAGAACAUCGCGCUUCCCGUCUUCGAG